AUCAAAGAAAAUUGCAAAAUGUGGUGGAUCAAAACAAUGGCUACACUGGUUGCUCCUGAGGACUUUUCUCCCGGUGAAGAUGCGCUCGCUAUCAACAGGGCUUGUCAAGGAUGGGGUACAGAUGAGAAGGCCAUAAUAUCGAUACUAGGUCACCGAAAUGCAGCUCAAAGGAAGCAAAUCAGGCUGGCUUAUCAAGAGAUUUAUCUAGAGGAUCUCACCAAACAACUUAAAUCUGAGCUUUCUGGCGACCUUGAGAGGGCUAUAUGCCACUGGAUUUUGGACCCUGUCGAACGUGAUGCUGUCUUGGCUAAUGAAGCAUUGAAGAAGGCAAGACCUGAUUAUCGGGUAAUUCUUGAAACUGCAUACAUGAAAUCUCCGGAAGAGCUCUUGGCAGUGAAGCGUGCUUACCAGUUUCUCUACAAGCGUUCCCUUGAAGAAGAUGUGGCCUCACAUACCACAGGUGACAUGCGACGGCUUCUGAUUGCAGUAGUGAGCGUUUAUAGAUAUGAGGGUGAGGAGAUUGAUGAGGGAGUGGCACAUUCAGAAGCCAAUAUUCUUGGGGAUGAAAUGCAAGGGGGAGCUCUCAAGGGUGAGGAGAUUAUCAGAAUACUGAGUACAAGGAGCAAGGCACAGCUUAUCGCAACUUUCAACAACUACAAGCAAAUUCAUGGCACAUCCAUCACCAAGAGUUUACGUGGUGACCCAACUGAGGAAUUCUCAGCAGCAUUGCGUGCUGCCAUUCGAUGCAUCAGGAACCCGAAAAAGUACUUACAAAAGCUACUGUGCAAUGUGAUCAAUAACAUGGGAACAGAUGAAGACACUCUCAGCCGCGUGAUCAUCACACGUGCAGAAAAGGACUUGAAGGAGAUGAAGGAGCUGUAUUUGGAGAGAAACAGCAGGUCUCUUGAAGAUGCAGUAUCCAGUGAGACCACUGGAGAUUACAAGGCAUUUCUUCUCACCUUGCUGGGAAAUCAAGAGUUCUAGGUUUCUAAUCCUCUUCAGCUCUAAGUACUGCUUAAUGGGAUUCUUCAAUUUGAUUUCUACUGUUUCUGUUUUAUGCUUAAUUUCUCAUAGCAUUCGUUCUUGUUA